UAAAUUAUGAGCUUUAACAUUGUUUGUUUCUUUUUUGUUCUGUGUUUCCUCCCACCUCACCCACUCACUUUGACCUGCAAGUUUCACAUCAAAUUGGCAACAACAACUAGUUCUCUGAAAAAAGUAUAAGCCAGUAGUUGGUUGUUGGCUACUCUCUCUCUCCAUUAACACCCUUUCUCUCUCUUCUCCCCCCAUUAAAUUCUCUCUUUCUGUGCAAAUGAUCCAUUAAUGGCUGUGUUAACUGUACAGAGUAGUCUCUGGGACAGUGUCCUGAACCAAACAAAGGUCGCCCAAGAAAAGGGUAGUGAUCCUCUGUUGUGGGUAAUUCAGCUCUCUUCCAAUCUCAACUCUGCAGGUGUUUCUCUGCCCUCCCCUCACCUCGCUAACCUUCUUGUCUCUCACAUUUGUUGGGCCAACAACGUACCCAUCGCAUGGAAGUUUCUAGAAAAGGCCUUGGCUUUCCAGAUCGUCCCACCUUUUCUCGUCCUCGCUCUCCUUUCUUACAGGGUUAUUCCAAACCGGCGUUCCAUGCCAACAGCAUACAGGCUUUAUAUGGAACUCCUUAAGAGACAUGCUUUGACACUUAAAUCUCAGAUAGAUGGGCCAAAUUUUCACAAGAUCAUAAAUUUGAUAGACAACAUUCUUCAUCUCUCCCAAAUAUUUGGUCUGCAAGCGAGUGAACCGGGCAUUGUUCUCGUUGAAUUUAUCUUUUCAAUUGUCUGGCAGUUGCUUGAUGCCUCCUUAGAUGAUGAAGGGUUGCUGGAGCGGACCCCAGAACAAAAGUCUCAAUGGCUAAAUAAACCUCAAGAUAUGGAAGUAGACAGUGAUGAUAAUUAUGAUGAGAAGAGGACUGAACAUCAAGACAGGUUGCUGAAUCUAAAUACUGUGAUGGCAAUAGAGUUGAUUGGGCAAUUUCUACAAAAUAAAGUAACUUCCAGGAUUCUUUACUUGGCACGCCAAAACAUGCCCACUCAUUGGGAAGGUUUUGUCCAGCGAAUACAGUUGCUUGCAGCGAAUUCAUCAGCAUUGGGAAAUUCAGAGGUAACUCCAGAGGUUCUUCUGCAGCUGACAUCAGAUACUCGCAAAGUUCUGUCUCGGCAAUGCAAAACAAGUUCACUACAAGAGUUCCAUGAGGUUAUGGCUUCAGGGUGUCUGUCUAAUUCCGCUGGCCUUUGUCACGGAGCUAGUCGUUCUGCCCUUUGGCUUCCUCUUGAUCUGGUGCUAGAAGAUGCAAUGGAUGGUUCACAAGUUAAUGCAACUAGUUCCAUUGAAAUAAUUACUGGUUUGAUAAAGGCUCUUCAAGCAAUUAAUGGCACUACUUGGCAUGAAACCUUUUUAGGUCUUUGGAUGGCGGCUUUACGUCUUGUUCAAAGGGAGAGGGAUCCAAUUGAGGGCCCUAUGCCUCGCCUUGAUACUCGCUUGUGCAUGUUGUUGACUAUAACAACACUUGUGGUUGCUGAUCUAAUUGAGGAAGAGGAAAGUGCACCAAUUGAUGAAAUGGAAUGUGGUGACACUGACAGUACUCGCUGUAAAGAAAAGUGGGUUCCUGGAAAGCGUCGUAGGGAUUUGGUAUCCAGCUUACAGAGUCUGGGUGAUUAUCAAGGCUUGCUGACUCCACCUCAAUCAGUUAUUUCUGCAGCCAAUCAGGCUGCUGCAAAAGCAGUGAUGUUUAUUUCAGGCAUCAGUGUUGGUAGUGCGUACUUUGACUGCAGCAUGAAAGACAUGCCAAUGAACUGUUCUGGAAACAUGCACCAUUUGGUUGUAGAGGCUUGUAUUGCCAGAAAUCUACUGGACACAUCAGCAUAUUUCUGGCCUGGCUAUGUGAAUGGACGCAUCAACCAAAUACCUCAUACAUUGCCAGUUCAGGUGCCAGGUUGGUCAUCAUUCAUGAAGGGGGCCCCGCUUACUCCAAUCAUGAUAAAAGCUUUAGUUUCAACUCCUGCUUCAAGCUUAGCAGAGCUCGAGAAAGUCUUUGAGAUUGCAGUCAAAGGAUCAGAUGAUGAGAAGAUUGCUGCUGCUACUGUUCUCUGUGGAGCCUCUCUAAUUCAGGGUUGGAAUAUACAGGAACACACUGCUUAUUAUAUCACAAGAUUAAUCUUUUUUUUAUAUUUUUAAUCUGUUGUAUGAAAGAAAAUUGUGUUGAUAGGUUAUGGUCCAAUGCUGAAUGUCCUCCUUGUCGGAAUAGCACCUGUUGACUGUGUUCAGAUUUUCUCCCUACAUGGCUUGAUUCCGCAACUUGCAGGUUCGUUGAUGCCAAUCUGUGAGGUAUUCGGGUCAUGUGUGCCCAAUGUCGUCUCAUGGACUCUCCCAACAGGAGAAGAGAUCUCUGCCCAUGCCGUGUUUUCAAACGCAUUUGCACUUCUUCUAAAGUUAUGGCGGUUUAAUCAUCCGCCUCUUGAACAUGGAGUGGGUGAUGUACCACCAGUUGGUUCCCAACUAACUCCCGAAUACCUCCUAUUUCUACGAAACUCCCAUCUAGUGUGUACCGGAAACAUCCACAGUGAUCGAAAUAAAAGGAGACUUUCAGCCAUUGCAAGUUCAUCGUCUCCAAAUCCCAUAUUUGUGGACUCAUUUCCGAAACUAAAAGUAUGGUAUCGGCAACAUCAAGCAUGUAUUGCUUCAACCCUCUCAGGUCUUGUUCAUGGGACCCCUGUCCAUCAAAUUGUCGAUGCGCUUCUUAACAUGAUGUUCAUAAAGAUAAGUAGAGCAAGCCAGUCUUUGAGUUCUGUAAUGUCUGGAAGUAGUAGUUCAUCUGGACCUGGAAAUGAAGAUAACUCGCUAAGACAUAACUUACCAGCUUGGGAUGUCCUUGAAGCUGUUCCUUUCGUGGUCGAUGCUGCGCUAACGGCCUGUGCCCACGGAAGACUCUCUCCUCGUGAACUAUGUACAGGGCUAAAAGAUUUGGCUGAUUUUCUUCCGGCAUCUUUGGCAACUAUUGUGAGCUACUUCUCUGCUGAAGUAACCCGGGGUAUUUGGAAGCCUGUUUUUAUGAACGGAACAGAUUGGCCGAGCCCCGCUGCAAAUCUGUCUAAUGUUGAGGAGCAGAUUAAGAAAAUCGUAGCCGCCACUGGGGUUGAUGUCCCCAGCCUUGUUGAAGGGGGAAGCUCUCCGGCAACACUUCCACUGCCCUUGGCUGCCUUCGUGAGCCUCACUAUAACUUAUAAACUCGACAAAGCCUCGCAACGUUUUCUCGAUCUGGCAGGCCCGGCCUUGGAGUCCCUUGCAGCUGGUUGCCCAUGGCCGUGCAUGCCAAUCGUGGCUUCCUUAUGGACCCAAAAGGCAAAAAAGUGGAGUGACUUCCUUGUUUUUUCUGCCUCACGUACUGUAUUCCUCCACAACAAUGAUGCAGUGGUUCAACUUCUCAAAAGCUGCUUCACUGCAACCCUUGGACUGAAUGUGAACCCUAUCUCAAGUGAUGGAGGUGUUGGGGCACUUCUUGGCCAUGGAUUCGGUUCCCAUUUCUAUGGUGGGAUUUCGCCCGUUGCCCCGGGGAUCUUAUACCUCCGUGUUUACCGAUCCAUCAGAGAUAUGAUGUUCUUAAGGGAAGAUAUUAUUUCUCUCUUGAUGCAAUAUGUGAGAGACAUAGCAUUUAGCGGGCUUCCAAAGGAGAGAUUGGAGAAGCUCAUGAAAUCCAAGAACGGAAUGAGACAUGAACAAGUUUCUCUUGCUACAGCAAUGACUCGGGUGAAACUCACCGCUUCACUCGGGGCUUCUUUGGUAUGGUUAUCCGGUGGCUUGGCGCUAGUUCAGUCAUUGAUUAAAGAAACGCUUCCAUCUUGGUUCAUCUCUGUUCACAGGUCUGAGCACGAAGAAGGCUCAGGCGGGGUGGUAGCGAUGCUUAGGGGGUAUGCACUAGCAUACUUUGCUAUGCUUUGUGGAGCUUUUGCUUGGGGGGUGGACUCAUCCUCGUUGGCAUCAAAACGGCGUCCAAAGAUUCUUGGACCACACAUGGAAUUUCUAGCAAGUGCCCUUGAUGGGAAGAUCUCACUUGGUUGUAAUUGGGCCACUUGGCGUGCUUAUGUGUCCGGGUUUCUGAGCCUGAUGGUUGCUUGCACACCUAAUUGGGUGUUGGAAGUUGAUGUGGAUGUGUUAAAGAGACUGAGCAAAGGGCUUAGGCAAUGGAAUGAGGAGGAGCUCGCACUCUCUUUGCUCGGGGUUGGUGGCGUUGGUACAAUGUCUGCAGCUGCUGAACUGAUCAUCGAAAGUGAAAUAUAGUUCAUAUUCAUUUUUCUUUGUUUUUCUUGCCAAAAUUUUUUGUAGGUUGGUGAUUGUAAUUUAGGAUGUAGUUGUACAUUAGAUUUCAUAUAGGAAAAUUUCUCACUUUAGGGAAUCAAAAGCUCUGUACAAAUGGGCUCCUCAGUGCAGACCGGUGGCGUUAUUCCAGUGCAGACUCGGAUUAGAUCAAACCUCUGGGUGCAUAUGAAGCUAAAAUUUAUAACAAUAUCCAAUUCGCUAAUUCAUAUAUUAAUUUGCAACUAGUCUGGUAUAUCCUUCCAGAAAAGGGGAAGAAUGUCCGAUAAUGAUAAAAUGUGCAUACAAGGACAGUUGUUUUAGACAAAGUUCAAGGUUCUAAACUGUUA